GCUGCCCAUCGGCGCGGGUACUGAGACAAAACAUUGAAGUUUGCCUGCUUUGAUAUUCUGGGGAAGUUGAGACUUCUUAUCUGGGCUUGGAGAAAAGGAUGAUCCUUGUCCUCUCAAAAGCUGUCCUGGGACAGGAGAGGAGUUUCUGACCUUGGCACAGCCAGUAACUGUGACAGUUUGGAAAGCCCUGCCAUUCCCACAAGGCCUGUGAGUCUUGGGAGCCUGGAGCCUUCUUCAUGUCCAGUGGGACUCAGUGUUCCCCUUUCAGUAACUGAUUGCUGGCCCAAAUAUAAAGAUGGAGUGUCAGAAAAUUAUCAGUUUUGGAAACCAGCUUCUUCGCCGGAAGAAUGUGGACUGCACUCGAGAUGACAGUCGGCUCUCGCGAUGCCUCAACACAUUUGACUUAGUGGCUCUGGGUGUGGGCAGCACUUUGGGAGCAGGAGUCUAUGUACUGGCUGGAGCUGUGGCACGGGAAAAUGCAGGACCUGCCAUCGUAAUCUCCUUCUUGAUUGCCGCUUUGGCUUCAGUGCUGGCCGGCCUCUGCUACGGAGAAUUCGGUGCCCGAGUUCCUAAGACAGGAUCAGCUUAUCUCUACAGCUAUGUGACUGUGGGCGAGCUGUGGGCCUUCAUCACAGGGUGGAAUUUAAUCCUCUCCUAUGUCAUUGGAACCUCGAGUGUAGCCAGAGCCUGGAGUGCAACUUUUGAUGAAAUCAUAGGCCAGCACAUUGCAACAUUUUGUCAAAGAUACAUGUCGAUGGAUGCUCCUGGAGUGCUAGCAAAAUACCCAGACAUCUUUGCUGUGCUGAUAAUCAUCAUCCUGACAGGGCUUUUAAUUUUUGGUGUGAAGGAAUCUGCCUUAGUGAACAAAGUGUUCACCUGUAUUAAUGUCCUUGUCCUCGGCUUCGUCAUGGUCUCUGGCUUCGUGAAAGGAUCUGUUAAAAACUGGCAGCUGACUGAACGGGACCUUUACAACACCAGCCACAUCAUUAACGGAGUCAAUCAAACACAGGAAUACAAGGGUGUUGGAGGGUUUAUGCCCUAUGGAUGGAAAGGAGUCCUCUCAGGGGCAGCCACGUGUUUUUAUGCUUUUGUGGGAUUUGACUGUAUUGCUACAACAGGUGAGGAGGUGAAAAACCCUCAGAAGGCCAUUCCUAUUGGCAUCGUGGCAUCUCUGCUCAUCUGCUUCGUGGCUUAUUUUGGUGUGUCAGCUGCCCUGACACUCAUGAUGCCUUACUACCAGCUGGACACCAACAGCCCUUUACCCAAUGCCUUUAAAUACGUGAGCUGGGAUGGAGCCAAUUACGCCGUAGCUGUCGGUUCCUUGUGUGCACUUUCUACGAGUCUUCUUGGCUCCAUGUUCCCCAUGCCUCGAAUAAUUUAUGCUAUGGCAGAAGAUGGACUUCUCUUUAAAUUUUUGGCUAAAGUCAAUGAGAAGAGAAAAACUCCAAUAAUUGCAACAGUGACAUCAGGGGCUGUUGCAGCUGUUAUGGCCUUUCUCUUCGACUUGAAAGAUCUUGUGGAUCUCAUGUCCAUUGGAACUCUCCUGGCUUACUCCUUAGUGGCAGCCUGCGUGUUGGUACUGAGGUAUCAGCCAGAGCAGCCUAAUUUGGCAUACCAGAUGGCUCGGACGACGGAGGAGACAGAUAACAAUGAGUCUGUGAGCACCAGUGAGUCGCAGGCUGGAUUUCUGCCAGAGGAAGAGAGGUGUUCCCUCAAAGCCAUACUGUGUCCCCCAAAUUCAGACCCUUCCAAAUUCUCUGGCUCAGUGGUGAAUCUCUCAACCUUCAUAAUUGGUUUCCUAAUCGUGGGUAGUUGUAUCCUCACUGCCCUUGAGCCAAGCGUUCUAAUAAAGGCUGUAUGGAUUAUUGCUACCAUCCUUGUUCUUGUUGUCAGCUUCAUUAUAUGGAAACAGCCUGAAAGCAAAACCAAGCUCUCCUUUAAGGUACCUCUUUUGCCCCUUCUUCCUGUUGUGAGUAUUUUUGUGAACGUUUACCUCAUGAUGCAGCUAGACCUAGGCACAUGGAUACGGUUUGCAGUCUGGAUGCUCAUAGGCUUUGUCAUCUACUUCACCUAUGGAAUCUGGCACAGUGUGGAAGCCACCUACGCGGCCUCGGCAGAGGCGGAGAGAAACACGGACGCUGGGUCGGACAGCUGUAAAUGACAGCGUGCUCGGCUUACGGGCAGCUGAGGAGCAGCGGCGGGGAAGGAAGCUUUUUGGUGGGAUCCUGAGCUGGGCUCCAUCUGGUCAAUCACUAAUGCAGGGACAGGAAGUGUAAUGCGGUACUCCUCGGCCCGCUGCUGCAGCUUGCAGUUUGCCUGGUUAAAAGGGAUCACAAGGAAAAAAGCCAAACCUCCUGGCAUACUCCUGGCAACACUGUCAGCUGCUCUGGGGCUCUGUGCUUUCCUUCUCCUUCUCCUGUUGUGUUUUUUCGUUUGUUUCCAGUGUGUAGAAAGAAAACUGCUUCUGUGUGCCAGUUAACCUUAAAUGCUGCUAUGAAACCAGGCCUCAGAGAGGUCUGUCUUUCAGUAGCCCCAGGAAUUACCUCCCCACAGAUACUCUGCCUGGUUAUACGCGGAGCAGAAUUUGUAGUGCUACUGUCAGGCUUAGCCCAGGUCGGUCCUUCUCCCGAGGUGAGCUGCGCCCCACGUGCAUGCACACAAAGAAACGCUCUCGCUGAACACCAGCUUUCACCUGGUUGCAGAAUCACCUGCAAAACUUCUGCUCUUUUUUUAAGUGUCAGCUCUCAUAGUUUCUGUUGUGUUUAACCUUUUUAACUGCACACUCAUGCGCUUUGGAGUGCGCAGCUGCUGUGAAACGUUGGGAGAGCAUGCGGUGAGUGCGGGUUGGGCGAGCGGUCAUUUGCCAGCGCGCAGCUAUCGCCAGCAGGUGCUUCUGCUGACUGCAUGCUCAGCAGAGGGGCUGCUGGGCCUAGCCAUAGGACUGUUUGGUGCAAGGACUUGAAUGGCUUGAAAAGAACAGGUGUCUCCAAAGAGCCAUCCUACUUCUUGCCUUGGAAAUCACCAGCAGUGUGGCUGCAGUGGUAGGGUGGCUAACAGAAGUGAGCUGAGCUCUGACAUCAAAUGAGGCCCUAUUUUCCUCCCCCCAUGUCUGCUUUGUGUGCCAGAUACAUGGCAUUAGCAAAGGAUUUGGCCUUGAGAAUUUGAUUUGGCAUGGUCAGGUGGAGCACAUUUCUGCCCCAAGAAAGGGACACACAGGAGGAUCCUUAGGGUCUUGAACUGCAGGCAGCAGUGCCUGGCAUCUGACCCCUGCCCAGGGGAGUGCUGUGAGGGUGUUCAGCAGCUC